AUGUCGGCCGCCAAGAGCAGCCCGGACUCCCAUCCAUUCGGGAUGAUUAGUCCCGGGCACACGCCGCAGGCCAUGGCCCUGCUGGGCGAGAUCGGACAAUAUACGCCCUCGGUCUCCAAGUCAUGCAGCCGGUGUCGCGCCCGCAAAGUUAAGUGCGAUCUGAUUGUGCCUCGCUGCUCGGCAUGCAAGAAACAGGGCGAGCCCUGUAAUAUUACGGACUAUGUCGCCUAUUCCUAUGCCCUCGUGGAGCGCCUGCAUUCGAGAAUCCAGGAGCUAGAAUCCAAGCUCGAUUCCCAGGCCAGCAAUAAUAAUAUUUCCGACCAUGUGCCCAAUGCACCGGACCGUCUGGAUCCCACGGCUUAUCCCAGACCACCCGAUGUGUCUGAGAAGCUACCCUGGUCGGCCGAUGUGAGCAAAGAGGCGGAAGAAGUGGGUGUGCUGGCCAUUGGCUUUGAAGAUCGAUAUUCCCAGAACAAGUAUUUGGGCGCGGCCGCUGGAUCGUCCUUUGCUCGCAUCUUCUUCAAGCAAGUGGGCUUGGAUCCCACAUCAGAAUCAGAUCACGGCAAACUGGAGUCGCAAGAUGAUCCGCCAGACAAUACAGCGUCAAUCCCCUCGCGGGCCAUCGCGGGGUAUCUACUAUCGGUCUAUAUUGCACGGGUCCAUCUCUGGUGGCCGUUCAUGCAUCUAGCAUAUGUUCGAUCGUGCUUCCGACGCAUAUAUCAAGUUCCGCGGGAAUGCAGUUGCUUUGAGAAGUUUAUUGUUUUCAUCGUCCUUGCUUUGGGAUCUGAUGAAGCGGGUGACAAUAAGGAAUAUUCCAGCAUGCUGGACUUCAAUAGUUCACGAGAGUAUUUCCAGACGGCUCUUCAUUUCUUCACACAGUUCCGUGAACAUCCUCGCGACCUCCCGGGUCUGCAGGCGGUUAUCCUCCUCACCAUCAGAAUGAUCAGUUCGCCUUCUUGCAAUCACAGCAAUGAUCUGUGGCAUCUCACUCGAUACUGCAUGUCCAUUGCCCUUGAAUUAGGGGUCCAUCGGCACAAUCCAUCGUGGAACUUCAGUCCGGAAGAACUCGAACUCAGGACUCGCACAUGGUGGACUGUGUACAGCUUGGAGAGAUAUGUAGCUCUCAGUACGGGCCGAGUUCUCUCGGUACGCGAUCAUUGCAUCGACACGCCCAUUCCAACCGCCAACCCCAUCGACCAGCUCACCCCCCACGAAGCAAAAUCCGCUCCCAUGUUCCAUUCCAACUCCGUUUGGCUUUUCGCCCAUAUGAUUGAGCUUCGAAAGAUCUGCGGUCGCGUUCUAGAGUCAAUAUACAUCGCCCGCGGCCCGAAAGGGCGAUGCCCCUCUAUCACCUUCCAGGAGAUUUGCGCCAUCUCCGAUGAGCUGCAUCAGCGGCUAGAUCGGUGGAAGACUCAGCUUGAUGCAGCGGGCCUGGGGCCGUCGCUGGAAUACAAGCAGAUGCUCAUCGAGUACUACAUGGUGCUAUUAAACCUGAACCGACCAUCACCGUCGUUCAUGAUUCCAUCACAGAACAUGAUCGCCAUCUGCUCGCAUGCCUCAUCGAGCGCCUUACAGCAGUGGGCGGCUAUCUCGGCGGACGAGGGAAUAUCGGUUAUUUGUCGUUGUUACCGCCACUUUCAUGAUAUCCUGCUGACAGGGCUUGUUCGCCUUUACUGCGAUUGGCACAUGUGCAAGAUCGCCCAAACCUCCACAAACCCCAUGCUCGCACCAACCCUCCACCACCAGGACGCGAACAUCUGCCAGGACCUACUGGAUAGAGGCAUCGCAAGCCUGCGGAACCCCUCCCUGUCCAAAUUCCGCGAUCUCUUCGCCGCUCUCCGAACGAAAAUCUAUACUUCCGCCACCGCCAUCUCAGCCGUGGAUAACCAGCGCACCAUGCCGCCACCGCAGAUGACCAAUGCGCCGUUCUUUUCAAAUCCUGCCGACGUAAUGGAGGGCGUCGACUCCACCGCCGAUCCGAGCAUGAUGUUCUCCGGUCCGGACGGACUAGAGUCUUAUCUGAGCCAGGUGUCGACCAUCUUCGAUGAUCAGAUGAUCAAUAUCGAUGACACGCUAACGGCGUGGUAUGGGUCCGUCUUGGACGAUAUGGGAGGAUCUGAUCAUCUUCGUACCGCACAUCUG